AUGGUGGUUUCACUGCCGAGGAAGAAGGAGAAGAUAGAAAAGGUAAAGGAUGAGAAGCAAGCGAGGGUGAAGGGCAGACCAAAUAGCUCAUCCGUAGGAUAUAAAUUGCUCCAUGCCACAAAGCAUGGUAAGCGCCUUCAAUGGGAUGUUUGCUCUAAGGAGAUACAUAGGCUGAAUAGAAAAUUGGAGUUCUACGAAGGAACUGCUGAUCCGGUUGAUCCCGAAGACCUGAAGAAAAAUGUGGAGGUUAUUAUAUCCAAGAGUGAUAGGCAUACAAGAGAUGCACAUGUGAAGAGGAAAAGUAGUAUUGAUAGCAUUGACAAGGGUGACAAUGUCGAUUGCUUCAAUUAUCAUGAUGUGUGCGUUAUUGGUAAGAAAGCCUCUCAUAUUGCGGAGGAUGUAGCGCAAGCAGAGCAGGAGGUAGAUAAAGUUGACCAAGACAAGGAUGAAGAGAAGGGAGGGGAAGAUAAAGAGGAAGAGAUGGAAGAGAGAGAGCAGGAGAAGAAAGAGGAAGAUAAAGAGGAGGACGAGAAAGAGGAAGAUAGAGAGAAAGAGUUGUUUGAGGAAGAUAGAGAGCAAGAGAAUAAAGAGGAAGAUACAGAGGCAUCUGAGAAAGAUGAAGAUAGAGAGGAGUACUUUGAAGAGGAAGAUAGAGAGCAGGAGAUGAAAGUAGACGAGAAAGAGGAAGAGAGAUAG